AUGGGGCGAGGGGAGCGGCUGCUCAUCUUCCUCAGCCACCGAGUGCUCAGGACCCUGUGCCGCCGGUGUCAGGGAGGUGGCGGCAAGCGGAAAGGCAGGAGCAAGAAGUGGAGGGAGAUCCUCCGGUUCCCGCAUGUCAGCCAGUGUGAUGAGCUGCGGAAGGGCUUGGAGCAGGACUACGGCAGCCUGUGCCAGAAGCAGCCCAUCGGCCGGCUGCUUUUCCGGCAGUUCUGCGAGACGCGGCCGGAGCUCCUGCGCUGCAUCCGCUUCCUGGACGCCGUGGCAGACUACGAGCUCUCCCCGGAUGAGAAGCGGAAGGAGAUGGGGGAGGAGAUCAUCUGCCGGUUCCUCAAGCAGGAGUCCCCGGAUUUCCUGCCCGAGGUCGGCCAGCCCCACGCCAGCCGGUGCCUGCAGGACCUGCAGAAGAGCCCCUGCAAGGACCUCUUCAGCAGCUGCCUGUGGAAGCGGAAAGGGGAGGCCAUGGCCCUGAAUGAGAAGCAGAUCCUGGAGAAGGUCAACAGCCGUUUUGUGGUGAGCCUGGCGUACGCCUACGAGACGAAGGACGCGCUCUGCCUGGUGCUGACCAUCAUGAACGGGGGCGACCUCAAGUUCCACAUCUACAACAUGGGCAACCCCGGCUUCGAGGACGAGCGCGUGGUUUUCUAUGCGGCAGAGAUCUGCUGCGGGCUCCAGCACCUGCACCAGGAGGGCAUCGUCUACCGGGACCUGAAGCCGGAGAACAUCCUGCUGGAUGAUGAUGGCCACAUCAGGAUCUCCGACCUGGGGCUGGCUAUCAAAAUCCCCGAGGGCGAGACCAUCCGCGGCCGCGUGGGCACCGUCGGCUACAUGGCUCCGGAGGUGAUCAACAACGAGCGCUACACCUUCAGCCCCGACUGGUGGGGUCUGGGCUGCCUGGUGUACGAGAUGAUUGAGGGGCAGUCGCCCUUCCGCGCCCGCAAGGAGCGGGUGAAGCGGGAGGAGGUGGAGAAGCGGGUGCAGGAGGACCAGGAGCUGUACUCGGACAAGUUCAGCGAGGAUGCUCAGGCCAUCUGCAAGAUGCUCCUGGCCAAGGACCCCAAGCAGCGGCUGGGCUGCGGGGCUGACGGGGCGGCCGAGGUGAAGCGCCAUCCCUUCUUCAGGGCCAUCAACUUCAAGCGCCUGGAGGCCGGCGUCAUGACGCCCUCCUUCGUGCCGGACCCCCGGGCGGUUUAUUGCAAGGAUGUGCUGGACAUCGAGCAGUUCUCGACGGUGAAGGGUGUCAACCUGGACCAAACCGACAACGAUUUCUACGCCAAGUUCGCCACCGGCAGCGUCUCCAUCCCCUGGCAGAACGAGAUGAUCGAGACCGAGUGCUUCAAGGACCUCAAUGUGUUCGGACCCAGCGGGACCCGCUCCCCCGACCUGGACUGGAGGCAGCUACCCGAGCCCCCCAAGCGGAGCCUUCAGAGGCUCUCGACGCCAUGGGUCGCCUGCAAAGCACCGUACGAGCUGGGCAGGGAGGCUGUGCCUUGGUCUCCUGCCCUCCUCUCGCUGCGGGAGCUGCCUGUGCCCCCCGUGGCUGGACUGCGGGUGGGGGCUGGCCGGGCUCCGUCGUGCCAGCACGGUGUACAAGCAUGUACCCGCCCAUGUGCGUGCAUCUGCUCGCCGGACGCGCUGGGGGUGACCCGCGGCCCCCAGCAGAUGCGCGAGGAGCCGGGUCUGGCCUUGGCCCCCAGGGCCCUGCCGUAA